CGUCUAAAAAGGAACACCCCCCAGCCCCAAACCCAACAACCCCAAAAGCGAUCGCCGGCCCUCGCUUGGUUCCACUUCACACGCACUCUGACUAAUUACAGUCCAGCUCCAACGUCUCCGAAUUUGACAAUGGCGACCUCUGCAAGUAUAUCUCAGAAACUUAGCCGUUUUUUUCCUCCCAAACUCUCCUUUUCCCAUGCACCUUCGUUUGAUCUUCAGUUCAUUAGAUUGCCCGCCACUUCGAUGGCAGCGAAGCCCUUUACCACCCACACUCCAGGGCUCGCUCCACGAGCUGCUUCGUUGGUCUCACGCGCGAGCGCUUCUCCUCCUCCUACCCCUUCCUCUGCCGCCAAUUCCACAACCUUUCAUGGCCUCUGCUACGUCGUCGGUGACAAUAUCGACACUGACCAGAUUAUUCCUGCUGAGUAUUUAACCCUAGUCCCUUCUAAACCCGAGGAGUAUGAACAGCUUGGUUCAUAUGCUCUUAUUGGCCUGCCCGCUUCUUACGCCACUCGAUUUAUAGAGCCCGACCAGAUGAAAACCAAGUAUUCAAUUGUCAUUGCCGGAUCCAACUUCGGUUGCGGUUCGUCUCGUGAGCAUGCUCCGGUGGCGCUGGGCGCUUCUGGUGUAGCUGCUGUGGUGGCUGAGUCUUAUGCGCGAAUAUUUUUUAGAAAUUCAGUGGCCACAGGUGAAGUUUACCCGUUGGAAUCGGAGGUGAGAAUAUGCGAGGAGUGUAAAACAGGAGACGUUGUUACGGUGGAGCUCGGCGAGAGUCGACUGAUCAAUCAUUCGACUGGAAAGGAGUACAAGUUGAAGCCCAUUGGCGAUGCUGGACCUGUCAUUGAGGCUGGUGGGAUUUUCGCUUAUGCAAGAAAGACUGGGAUGAUUCCCUCUAAUUCGGCUUGAAGCGGGGCAGCACUGCUACCAACAUGCUGAAGAUCAUCUCUGUGGUCAUAUUUCUCCUCUUGCUUUCGAAGUAUGAAUUCUUGAUAUAUGAACUGUCUUUUCUGAGACAUCUCUCCAUAAUAUGUUGACAAAACAAAUGUAUUUUUAUUGAUUUGCCAUUGGUACAUUACUGUUUUUAUUUUCUUUUUCACCUCUUUUUAAUUUUGUAGUGUAAUGUUUUGUUGCCCUUCAUUAGUUCAUCAAACAUGUACGUUUAUCUUCUUCUUUUUU